AUGAAUCAGAGUUAUUUAGAAAAUUUGCCGAUAGAAAUAAAGGAACAAAUCUUUCAGUACUUAAGUUCAUCAGAUAUCCUUAAUCUAGCAUUAGUGAGUAAGAAUCUAAACGAAUCAGUUGGAAAUUGUCGAAAAUGUAUGGAAAAAUAUUGGAUCAAGUUUUACACUUUCAAUUUGAAAGAUUUGGACAGUCUGGAGAACAGCUGUAGACAUUAUGUCAAACUAAAGAUCAAUCGAGUCAAGACUGAUGAUUAUUUUGAUUAUUUGAUAGACUUGAAUCAGUGCUGGAAAAAAGUUUUAGUCUAUAAUUGUGAAUUUCAAUAUGCUGAAAAGUACUUAAAACUGAUCAAGGCAAUUGCCGAUCAUGUUGAGGAACUGGAAGUUGCAGUUAUUGAAGUAUUAUGCUUUGAGAAUUUUGAGGAUGUCAAUAUUAAAUUUCCAGCAUUAAAGAGAAUCAUGUUGAGGAACAUGCCGUCCAAUACUAUGGAGAUUUUCGUUAAAUCCUGUGACAAUCUGGAAGUUGCUACAUUUGAUAUAGCCAAUGAAAUGAAGAGCUUCAGACCACUUAGGGAACUAAUGAAAGAAUUUCUAAGGAACAGCAAGAAGUUAAAGCAUCUUCAACUCGGUCCAAACUACAUCCGAGCACUUUUUAGUGAAAAUGAGGCUCUAAACGUUGAUUUCCAAUUGACUCAUUUGCUGCUUAAACUGCCAAUAGCGAAUGACCUGCCUGAUAUAGCUUAUGAUAAAAUUGUCGAAUUCUUAAGGACACAAUUGAAAAUUGAAUGGAUCAUCACAAUGGAACUACUUAAUGACGACAUCCUACAUGUCAUCUGGAAUGAACUGAAUUCAAUCAAGCGAGCAUCCUUCAUUGGCUUAGUGGAACUCUUUGAACUCGAAAUGGGAUUUGAUCUUCAGCCAAAGAUGUCAAUCACAAAAUUAGACUUGAUCUCAAGAAAAGUCCUCAUUAGUCAAUUAGGAAAAUUAUUAAGAGCAGCACCUUGUGUUGACUGCCUUCAUGUCUGCAUCCUGAAUCGUCACAUGAUGGGCACAAUCGCUAGAGAAAGCUUCAGUGUCAAGAACUUGUUCUACGAACAUAUUGAGGAAGACUAA